GCACGUAUGUAGGAGAACUCUCAGUCAGCGAUCGCACCGGUACCACAAAACAGUGCUCUCAUCAAAUUUUUAAUUAAUCCAUCCACAUUGCAAAACCAAAAUAAAAACCCAGUGAAAAUGAAGACCCGAAGGAAAAAAAAGUUAAUUAUUAUUGUUAAUGUUAAAGAACUGGAGAUAGAGGGCCAAACUCAUUUAGAAGACUUUCAUUCACAAAUCAACGUCAAGGACGAUAAGGAUCCGAAGAAAAGGAUGUGUAUAUAAUUAUUUAUAUUUAAUACAAUACUGUGUGAAUUGAAGAGCAAAAGUAAAUGAUCCGGAAUCUAAUUAAUUCCGCGUUGCACGGUACUUGAUUGUAUAAUUAUGCAGUGUCGGUGUUUGCUGAAGCUGAACAAAUUUGCUGAAAGCAUUUUACUCUUCACUCCAUGAAGUCUUGUCUUGAGAAGCAGAGUGCAUUUCAUCGCGCGAAGUGACUCGAGUGUACAAAGCAAAAUCUGCAUCUUAAUUUUAUUUAUAAAAGAAAUUAAGAUCCUCAUAAACAUAUAAAUGAGUUCUAAAUAGAUUCAUAAAAAAGCGGAGGUGAAAAUGAAACAUUGUGAAUGAAACAUGAAAAGAAAGCUGAGAAAAUAUAAUUGCAAAUAAUAGAGACAAUGUCUAGGAAGAUAUGAUAAAUCAACUUUCCUUCUGAUUUAAAUUCAUUCAUGACAUGUGACAAAGAAAAAAAAAGUUGAGUCAGUUUGCAAUUGCUGGUGCUGGAGUUGCAGAUAUUUCAGCGAGCUCAGCAAUAAAUCAAAUUAAACAAAAAAAGUGUUUUGUUAAAGUGUAACGAAAGCUAGAGCGGUGAUGUAAUUGUGGAGGAAUGACUGGAAUAUUGGAAAAGUCACUUCUGGCAAGUACCAGAUGAAUCCAAAAACAGUGAGUUAGUAUUAGUGAGGAAGUGAAGUGUAAUCCCUCGAAAUGUGUAUUAAGUACUAGAUAAAUCAGUGAAAUGCGGAAACCCCGAGAAAAUUACGGUGAUUAACUUUGUGUAAAAGUUUUAAAAAAGGCGCAAAAUAGCGUGAAAAUCAGACCGUAGAAUAUGGUUUGGCAAUUGGUUCCGAUUCGGUCUAAAUUUAUGUAAGAGUUUAGAAAGGCUUUAAAGUUCGAAAGUUCAGUGAUGGUCGAUACCGUAAUGUGAAUUCCUUCGUGGAAAAUUAGUUUCCACUUUUUUCCUUUUUCAUUUAACCCUAUUCUUCGCUCCAGGAAGUGCAGCGCAACGGUCAGGCCGCAAAGCCGCAUGACCUGUAAUUAUGAGAGUGUAAACACUGCUAUAAGUGCAAACAUCACAUGUCUAGUAACAAUUUUUUUUUUUUUUCAAAGAAGUAUUCAAAUAUAUAAACUGGUCAUGACCUCGGGUCCGAGGUCACGUGAUAGUGCAACGGUGUAAUGUGCAAGAAUGCUGUUCACUCACUCACGUGUUUUGCAAGAAACUUGACGAUGAGGAUGAACCGUUAAUUUCAAGUGUAUUACAUUUGAUCUCGUAAAUAAAAUAAAAAGAGAUCAGAGAAAGGUAAAAUGGGAAACUCGAGAUCGCAGCCUUCAAGGCGGAGCAAAUCGCAGUAUUUGCUCUACCUUAUCAACCGGACUUGGAGUGCAGUGGUGGAUGCGAGAACUAAACAAGAUCAUUUUGCGGAUACCGACAGAGAUACCGAUUUUUCAUCGAGGUGCAGUGGUUGCAAAAGAUGCACUUAUCAGCAGGACAGCCUUACCUUCGACAGCGAGUCGGAUAUGGCUCCAAAUGCAGAGGAGGAGCUGCUUGUCGUCAAGCCCAGAGGAUUACAACCAGAAAAGGAACGGUUGCGGCCUCCUACUUAUAAUGCAGAGGACUAUGCCAUAGCAUUGAGAAGAUGGGGGAGACGUCCUCUGGGACCAACUCAAGAUUCUCAAGGAACUUUGCCCUCGACGAAAAGUUCAAGUUCCGGUUAUGCAUCCGGAAGUGGAGAAAUGACGCUGAGGCAAUUUACUUCCGUGAGCGAACUUCUCAACAAACUCAGAGCUGACCUUCGACUCGCAUUUCCAAGUUUCGUCCAGGAAUUUGGAUCACCGCCAGCGGAUGGAAUCACUUUACUGCUGGAGACCCUGAGAGGUGUUCAAUUGGCGCAAAAUUCGCCACCUUCGGGCCAAUCUGGUCCACGCGUUGGUACCAGAAGGGCCGCUUUGGACGAGUUGGGAUGUGUCGAGUGUUUAGCAGCCUGUAGUGAAAGAUGCGCUGACGCUCCCAGACUUUUGGUCCAAGCACAGCCAGGAUUACUGGCUUUGGCUGUCUGCCUAACAAGCAGUCUAAACCGGUCCAGAGUUCUGGCAUUACAGCUUUUAACAAAAGUGUGCCUGGCACCUGGCGGACAUGCAGCCGUUUCUGAAGCGGUAUCAACUUUAAGACUGAGAUAUGCUGAAGGUGGAAGAUUUAGGUUCUUGGCUGGAGCUUUAUUGGCACCCAGAGCUGCGAUGGCAUUAAGAGUGGCCGGAAUUUCAUUCUUGAAUGCCUUUCUCAAAUCUGCUCCUCGAACACAAACCAGGCUAUAUAUUCAGGCAGAAGCAUGCGAAGCAGGAUUUGAGCCUCAAAUUUUACAAGAAUGGCUGAAGGAAAUCGAUGGACACGAGGAAGACACCUUAGCAGAUAUUUUACACAAAGAAGUUCAAAAAUGGACGCAGAACUGCGUAGACGUGGAAGCUCUUCAGAGAAGAGUCGCUCGAUCUGAAGAAACCUGUCGAAUCCUCAGCAAAAAGGUGACCCUUCUCCAAAACCAGUUACAAAAACUCCAGCUGGAAAAGAUGAACAACUACAAUCAGGAUCUUCAAACAAUUGAAAAAACUUCGAAGAAAAAACACUCCUCGAAUGCUGAAGAUGAAGGUAUCAGUUCUUCAGAAAGGUCAAGCAGUCCCGAAGAUCUCAAAGAUCGUCAAACUUCUCCAAAAAUUGGAUCAAUGCCGGACAAUGAUCAAGAAACUACGAUUGACGACGUAAUCGAAGAACUAAGAAUUAUUGUCAAAGAUGCCGAAGAAGAAUACGAAGACAGAAAGCAAAUUCCAGAAUCGGAAAAUAGUUUACAAAAGAUCUCAAAUACCAGUUCGAAACGUUCUUCAAACAAAACUGAAGUUGAGACCUUCGUUUAUGAUAAGAAAGGAAGUUUGAUGAAUGCGGAAAUGAAAGAAAGUGGAAAAGGUCAGAACUCGAAAAAGAAUCAGGUGACAUAUUUUGGUGCUGAUUGCGACAAUUCGAGAAGAGCUAGUUCUCAACAGUCUGGGAGGAAUUCCAAAUCGUCGGCUGAAGGAGGCUUGAAAAUAGUUGUGAAAGGAUCGGAAGUUGAGGACGCAAUCGUUCCCGCAAUUUUGCAUCCUCAACCUCCAAGAAGAACUCCACCCUGUUUGUCAGUGAUGCUGGCAGUCAGGAAUUGUGAUUUCGUAGACCAUGUUUAUAAUUCUCACGAUGAAGAAAUUGAAGAAGAGACUCUUGGUGAUGGUAGCGACUCACUUCUAAGUGCUUCCAGACUUAAGUAUAAUGAUGGAAAGGAAAAUUUGCAACACUUUCCAAUCAAUCCAAUCAAGGUUCCAGGGAAUUUGGAUGAUUUGAGGAAACUUAAUGAUUUGAGGAAAUUUGAUGAUUUGAGGAAGUUUGAUGAUUUGAGAAAGUUUGAUGACGAUGAAAGGAGGGAGAGAAGAACAGCAAAAAACUUCGCGAGUUCGUUGGGUUCAAACUCGAAGGCGGCUUCGGAUCAACCAAUGAUUGGGAAUCAUUUGGAGUAUAAGCAAUUUGAAUCCACUCCCAAAUUUGAGAAUGGUUUGACGUUUUUUGGCUCGGGUCAGAAUCAGAAACAAAAUCAUAGAUAUAGAAGCGAGGUAGAGAAAAGAAAGUUCAUGAGACGGGCAGCGAGUCAGGAUUUUCUGGAGUCCAAUAAUUCGAGUCCUCAUUCUCGAAGGUCGGGCAGCAGAAUAGAAGGGAAAAUUCGAAAAUUUGAGAGUCUUAACUCGUUUGAUGAGCGCCACAGUCUUCAGAAUUUUUCUAGGUUCACUGAAGAAAAUUCCAGUCCAAGACACAAUCAGCCAUCCUAUGAAGACUCGAGACAGAAGAUGCGACGAUCAGAAUCCUUCCACCACGUCUCGCACGUAGCGAGAAAGGAUCAGUGUUCGUCCCGAGGAGGAAGUGACAGUGGCGUCUUCUACGUCACCGACUACGACCUGGAACCACAGUUGACACGAGCUUUCCAAGACGUUCCAGCAUCUCCAAAUAGUCAUCUAACCAAAUCCCUCGACAGGAUAGACGAGGGUCUCGACUCCAUAGUGGACAUCGUCAUCACCGAAGAGAAACAACAUUGGAAUAUGUUAGGGCGCCUCGCCCCGGAGAAAUCCUCCAAAUCCCGGACGAGAUCCGAGGAAAAGAAAACAGUUCAAACCAAGCAGAAGCCGAAUCCAAAUCAGGAUCAGCAUCAGAGUAGAAGAGAGCUGAAGAGCGACGAGCUUUAUAACGGCUACGGCGACAAGCAAUUAAGAAACGACGAGUUGUACGAACUGGAUCAGAGGCAGUGGCAUCAUCAGCAGCAGCAAAUGCAGCAGGAAGAGGUGAAUGGAUUGAGGAAGUCGCAUCGUUCGGAAUCACCCGAUGACAAGCUCGCGAUGCCUGAGUCAAGAACAGGUUCGAGGCCUGAUUCUUUCAGUUAUGAGAAAACAAGCAAGUUCUCUGUCAGGCCCAACGAGUCCGGGAUUUUUGCCGGAAGGCCAUAUGACGCUUUUGGUCUCGGGAAAAACCGGUUCAAUGCCGGGAAAUACUCGGGGAAUCAUUUAUCUAAGGAGAACGUUGGUGGGGUGAGAAACUCCACUUCCUCGGUCAUCACCAAGCAUGGAAAAGUCACCGACAUCCUUUCGGGUUUGUACUAAUUGCAGACCCUAACUCGAUCUCCCGUCGGUACUAAAGGAAUAGUAGAAAACGCGAGAAGUUGGAAUUCAAAUUAGAAGUUUUCAACUAGUCCUGAGUCAAAUUCGACUAAUCUGAUUCGAUACCUUCAUGUUGAAAAAAUCAAUCUGUAGGUCCAAAAAUGACCAGUCUGGCGUUGGUCCUUUAAACUUACAACACUCAUUUUUUUGCUCCCUUGCUUUUUAUUGCACAUACGCGGCAAACACAGACAGGUUUGGUAAUUAAUAUUUUCUGGCUUAUUAAAUUAUUUACAAUUAGUUUGAAUUCGCAUUGGAUUCUUUGAAUUCUUCUGAAUUCUUAUAAUUACUUUCCAUUAAUUUAAACUUUGGGGUUUUUAACAUUCUCCGGAGUUCCUUGAAUUCCUUUAAUUAUUUGGAACUCCUUUAAAUCUUUUAAAUUCUAGGAAUUCUUCUGAAUAACGAGGAUUCUUCUGAAUUAACAGAAUUCUUUUUAAUUCCUCUGUAUACUUUGGAAUAGAUUGAAGACUUUUAAUUCCAUAAAUUGUCUACAAUUUUCCUCUUAAAUUUCCAGAAUUCCUAUAUUUCUUCAAUUUUCUUAAAUUCCCUGAAUUUUUCUGAAUUCUCGCAAUACUUCUGCACUCCUCUGAAUUAUCUAAAUGUCCUAAAUUCUUCGGAAUUUCCAUUGUCUGAAUCCCCUGAAUUUCAUAAAUUCUCUCAAGUCCUCGUUUUCUCUGAAUUCGUUUAAUUCGCUGAAUUCCCUGCAAUCUCCGAAUUCCCUAAAUUCAGAGAAUUCAGAUAAUUUUCUGAGUUUUCUGAAUUAUCUGCAUUCCCUGAAUUCUCUUAAUUCCCUGAAUUCUCUGCUAUUCUCUGAAUCUUCUGUAUUCUCCGUAUUUCCUAACUAUUCUAAAGUCCUUGAAUUCCGUAAAUUUUCUGAAUUCUCUGAUUUCCGUGCAUUCGCCGAAUUCCCUGAAUUCUCUGUAUUUCCUAAAUACUCUAAAAGUCCUUGAAUUCCGUUAAUUUUUUGAAUUUCCUGCAUUCUCCAAAUUCCCUUAAUUCUCUAAAUAGAGAGAAUGCAGAGAAUUUCCUGAGUUCUCUGAAUUCUCUGCAUUCCCUGAAUUCUCUUGAUUCCCUGAAUUUUUGGAAGUCCUUGAAUUUCUGGAAUUCGCUGAAUUCUCUGCUAUUCUCUGAAUUCCCUGAAUUAUCUGAAUUCUCUUAAUCCUCUGAAUUCUUUUUAUUUCCUAAAUACUCUAAAGUCCUUGAAUUCCGUAAAUUUCCUGAGUUCUCUGAAUUCACUGCAUUCCCUGAAUUCUAUUCAUUCACUGAAUUCUCGGAGAUCCUUGCAAUUCUGGAAUUCACUGCAUUCUCCUAAAUACUCUGAACUCCUUGAAUUCCGUGAAUUCUCCGAAUUCCCUAAACUCUCUGAAUUCCAUGAGUUCUCUGCAUUCUCUGAAUUAUCUAAAUUCUAUGAAUUCCCUGAAUUCUUCAAAUUCCCUUAAUUCUCUGAAUUUACAGAAUUCAGAGGAUUUACGGAAAUCGCUGAAUUCUUUGCUACUGUUUGAAUUCCCUGAAUUCUUUUGAAUUCUUUGGAUUCUCAGAAUUAUUCGAUUUCUGUCAAUUCUUUGUUUUUUUUUUUAAUUCCCUGACUUUUCUGCAUUUUCUGAAUUCCUUAAAUUUUCGGAAUUCUCGGAAAUUCACGGCUUUAUUUAAAAUUUGUGAAAUCCUUGAAUUCUCUAAUUUCUUAUAUAUUCCUAAUUCCAUAGUUUCUCUCAAUUAUAUGAAUUCAUUCUCUGAAUCCUAAGAAUUCAUUCAAUUCUUCCGAAUUCCUUUGUAUAUUUUGCAUUAAAUUAUCUCAAAUUCCCUACAUUUUCUUAAAUUAUCAAGUGAAUUUAAUUUAAUUCAAGUUUUAAAAUAAUUCUUACAGCUCGAGAUAGAUUUUUUUAAACAUGGAUGGAUCGAAUUACUAGUUGAUCAAUUUUUAUUAAUUUACUGCUGAAAUAGCAGUAAGUACCAAAAAAUUUCAAAUAAAGUUCUGUUUUAGCUGGACUUUUUUGGGACCUAUUUUGAACCGUUUUUGGUACUUACAUUCAUUUCAUUUUACCAAUAUUUUCUUGGGGCACAAGUUCUAUGAAUAACUGUAAAAAAUUGAAUGAAAGUCAAAAUUUACUGAUUUGCAGUCAAUUGCGACUGAAUAAAAAAUUCCGAUUUAACGACUGACUUUUUAUUGACUUUUAAUGACUUUUUAAACCAGUCAAUUUGACUUGUUGAUGAAAUCAGUCACUUUAAUUGAUCCAGUAUAGAAGUAACUUUCACUAGUUGAAUCAGUGAUUCUUAUUGAUCUAAUCUGUCAAUCUCAUCGACUAAAUCAGUCAAUAAUGGUGAAUUUUUAUCACUUAUUCAUAUGUAGGAAUUUAACGAAGAAUUUUAAUUAAAAAAUAAUUUCAAUAUUUUUUUAUAACAGACUAAUCAGUCAACAAAUAUUGACUGAUUCAUCUGUUACAAUGACUUUUUUCAGAGUGUUCUUCAGUCAAAGCAUGACUGAUUGAUUCAGUCAGACAAAUUUCAACAGAUUUAAAUGUAUAUUAUAUUUUUACUCGACAUUUCCCAAGAAGCUUUUAAAAAAAUAAAACUCAAAAAAGUAGCAAGAAAGUAGGAUAGUUUAAAACCUCUAAUUAAAAGACGAGACGUCAAAAAUCGUCCACAUAGUAUUACAAAAUCAAUUUAUACAUACGGGUGCUAGAAAGAUUUCCUUACUCUCUUUCAGUUUGUUAUUUGUGUAUGAAGGGAAAAAAAUGUAAUUCGUGACUGAUUUGUAAAAUAAGAAAGUUUAACGGAAAUGUUCCGCAUGCUUUACGCAGGCUUGUGCUAUAAUCAACUUUUUGCAGGACAAUUACGUGAUCCUUCACAAAACACUUGCUCAAGAUGCAUUAAUUUUUUGUCAAUAAGAAAAUCAAAAUGUUCCUGGCUUCCCUUGAUAAAUAAAUCAACGAGAUAACAAGUGCAAUAUUUAUAUAAUAUGUCUGAAACCCAUAUAUUAUCUAUAACUGAUUAAAUUCCCUAACUAAUUAAAGAUCUUUUUCUAAAGUUUCUAAUUUUAACUAACAUUUGAUAAAAACUAUUUGUUAUUGAUCGGUGAUAUUUUUCGAAAUAAUCUACCUCGCCAGUUUUCAAUUUUGAUACAAAAUUAAUCAUUAUAAUUCUGAUAAAUAUUUAGUUUUAGUUAUUAAUAAAGAUUUUAGUUAUAAAUUACUACUAAAACUAAAAGACUGCUGUUGAAUUUCUUUAAAAUCACUACUAUCGUUUAAAUCCUUAAUUAUAGCGAAAAUCAGAAAUUUUUCAUGAUUCCUACUGAUCUAAACAUUCGAAGGUUUUUAUGAAUUCUGUUAAGGUCUUAGAAAUUUUAUCUGUAUAAUUUUAUGUGUAUAAUUGUACUUUAGAGGUAAGGAACUAUUAUCGAAUUAGGAUUCAAGGAAAAACGGCCACACCAGCAAUAAAUGUUAUGCUUAUAAUUUAUUGCAAUCUGGUAUAACGCCUGCGUUAACAGUUUUUUUUAUUGCUCUGGUGAUAAUAUGUAUGUAAUAUGUUGUACUAAAUAAAGAAUUUUGUUUAUUAAAA